CGCUGGGCUCCGGCGGCUCGGUGCGGGCCAGAGCGCUCCGCGGCCCGGCCCCAGGGGGAUCGGCGUCCCGGCACCUCCACCGGCCCUCACCCUGCCCAAGAUAAUGGCAUCAGAACAGAGUCCAACAACUUCCCUCAUUGACAGGACCAUCAAGAUGAGGAAGGAGACUGAAGCCCGGAAGGUGAUCUUGGCCUGGGCACUCCUUAACGUCUCAAUUGCAGGCAUGAUAUACACUGAAAUGACUGGGAAGCUUCUGGGCUCCUAUUACAACAUCACCUACUGGCUGGUCUGGUAUAUUGAACUUGCCCUUGCAGUUGUGUUCAGCCUCAAUGCCUUGUUUGAUUUCUGGAUGUACUUCAAAUACACAGUGGCACCAACCAGCUUGGUCAUGAGCCCUGGCCAGCAGACCCUGCUGGGGUUACGGAAUGCAGCCAUACAAACAACUCCUCCACGUGAGCUGACAGCCAACAAAGUUCCAUCUUCAACUCCUUCUCCUCCAGUCCAGGGGCAGAGUGUGCUGAGCUACAGCCCAUCCCGCUCCCCCAGUGCCAGUCCAAAGUUUACUACUGGUUGUAUCACAGGCUACAGCCCUCAACUACAAGCUCUGUCCAACAGCCCUUCUUAUGGCAGCACUGUCACCUACUCGCCAAACAGCAGCUACAAUAAGGUUCCCAGCUUCAGCCCCUCUCCUAGUGGAUCCCCAUACCCCACCAGUAUCGGACCAGUGGAAAGCAGUGGGCUGAGGUCUCGUUACCGCUCCUCACCCGUUCUCUACACCUCCCCUACUGGGAAAGAGGAUUAUAUGACAGACCUGAAGUUACUGGACACCUUCCUCCGCAAUGAAGAGGAGAAGCAGCAGAGAGUCCAGCUAGGAAGUUCAGAUUCCAGCUCUCCUUCCACCAGCCCAACUUUUUGGAACUACAGCCGUUCCAUGGCAGACCAUGCACAGAUGCUGAGAAAAUUCCAGUAUCAGUUGGCUUGCAGGUCGCAGGCUCCCUCAGCUCACAAGGAUGAAGCUGAUCUGAGCUCAAAACAGGCAGCAGAAGAGGUGUGGGCCCGGGUGACAAUGAACCGACAGCUCCUUGACCACAUGGAUUCCUGGACAGCCAAGUUCAGAAAUUGGAUUAAUGAGACCAUCCUGGUGCCUCUUGUCCAAGAGAUCGAAUCUGUGAGCACCCAGCUGAGAAGAAUGGGCUGUCCAGAGCUGCAGAUUGGAGAAGCCAGCAUCAGCAGCCUGAAGCAGGCAGCGCUCGUUAAAGCCCCACUCAUCCCAACCCUGAAUGCUCUUGUGCAGUACUUGGAUCUGACACCAAACCAGGAGUACUUGGUGGAGAGGAUCAAAGAGCUGUCUCAGGGAGGAUGCAUGAGCUCAUUCCGCUGGAACAGAGGAGGGGAUUUCAAAGGCCGCAAGUGGGACACUGACUUGCCUACUGACUCCUCAAUCAUCAUGCAUGUGUUCUGCACCUACCUUGACUCCCGUCUGCCGCCUCACCCCAAGUAUCCCGAUGGGAAAACCUUCACUUCCCAACACUUCCUGCAGACACCAGAUAAACCAGACACUUCAAAUGAAAAUGUGUUUUGCAUCUACCAGAGCAGCAUCAACCCACCCCACUAUGAGCUGAUCUACCAGCGUCAUGUCUACAACCUGCCCAAGGGCAGAAACAACAUGUUCCACACUCUGCUUAUGUUCCUCUACAUCAUCAAGACCAAAGAAUCUGGGAUGCUGGGGCGUGUCAACCUUGGGCUAUCAGGAGUCAACGUUCUGUGGAUCUUUGGAGAGUAACAGCACCAGUGGGACUCCAGGUCAGAAGAACCAACCAAGCAGCAGUUCUUGACUUAAACAUGGGCUUAGCCUGAAAAGAGAUCUUUUCACCUCAGCUUUGUGGGCUGAGAGGGACAUUUGUCGUCCACACCUGGGUUUUGUGAUGAUGUUAUUUAAAACACUCAAUUUACUCCAGGCAGGUUUUCUCCUUCCACUUCCUCACCUGAAGGAAUCCUGAUCUGGGGGCCAAAAAAAGCUCUUGUAUUGGUUUUCUUCCAUAGUUGCUCUCAGGACUAAACCCCAACUGCUUUGGGUCCUAAAACAACCUCCUGAGGUUGUGCACAGUCACCAGCAAGUCAUCACAUGGAACAAAACACCACUUUGACCAUCUUCAGCAUCUCCAAAGUUGCAACUAGGCACCAGAGAAGCCAAAUCAUGAACUUUUGUCUCAUUUUAGUACAUUUUUAUAUAUAUGAAGAAAAAAAAAAAAAGCUAUUUUUUUGUCCUUGAUUAUUGUAAUUGAGUUUUUUUAACCCAAAAGUUGUGCUGAGGGUCAGUGCUGCAGGUGUGAAGGGAAAGACAAAACCACUUUGGAGUGUUUGUUUCUAGGUUUAUUUUUAUUAUUUGGAUUUUUAUUUGUAUUUGUCUUACUUUUGAAACAUAUUUUGGGGCUGCCAUCAGCCUUUGGUGUGAAGGAAAGAGAAAACCACUUUGGAGUCUUGUU